CUGGCAUCACGUUCAGUCUGUACGACGCCAAUCCGCCCUCAAAGGACCAUGACGCCCACCGAUACUAGUGAAACAGCCGUGAGUGACCCACGGGAUUGAGCGCCACGCACUUGUUGCACCCGAGCGAACUCUGUGCCAUGAGCACGACGCUGCCCCCAAGUCAUCCCAGUUUGGGUGCAGAGCAAGCCACUCGACCACCGAGAGCAAAGAAGCCAAAAUGGCGUGCUCCACAUGGCAUACGCGACAGUCCCUGGAUCCCGGGCAAGACGUUACCCGCUUACACUGGGCCAUAUCCAGUUGGUACUAUGGAGAUUGAGGUGCCCGCUGCCAAUCCUCAGACAUUCUCGCACAUUACUCGUCACAAACGGCACAUUCUGCAGCUUGAGACUGUCCUGAUGACAAUUUAUUAUCCUGCUGCCAUUGAUCAAGAGGAGAAGCUGCCCCAGACGAGCAGCAAGUUCUCCAGAGAGCUGUGGCUAGGCAGGCCGCGAUUAGGUAUUGCUCAAGGAUACUCAAAAUUCGCAGGCUUAGGCAAUCUCGGCAUGGGACUCAUGGCGACUGCAAUGUUCACCAAACUACCAGCGUUCCGGAACGCGCCUCUGGCUACAUUCUGGGCUCCCGCCGUGGACACCCAGAGUGAGGACAUAAAGGCCACGUACAAUGCUAGCUCCAAGCCGAAGGAAGAAGCUUGUGAAGAGCCGGUGUUUCCGGUCAUCAUUUUCAGCCACGGAUUAGGCGGCACGAGGACAAUGUACUCAUCUAUCUGUGGAGAGCUCAGUAGCUAUGGGCACAUCGUGGUCGCCAUUGAGCAUCGCGAUGGAUCAGGACCCCGAACUUAUGUCAACUAUCCAAAGCAAGGUGAGGGCAGCAUGGCCGAUCUGGAGGCUAGAGGGGAAAUAGAUCACCUUGCCUAUGAGAGAGAGCGCGGCUACACUGUGAUCGACUAUGUCUUUCCCAAGGACAAUCCUCUUGACACCUCACCACGAAAUGAGAGUGGUGUUGACACAGAGUUGCGUGACGCUCAGAAGGACCUACGCCUAGCCGAGGUGGAAGAAGCCGUCGCAGUUCUUAGAGAGAUUGUCUCAGGCAACGGCAACCUGAUCGCUCAACGGAAUUUGAGGGUCAAAGGCCACAAGGGAGGCUCUUCUCAUGGUUUGCAAACAAUCGACUGGGCGAGAUGGAAAGGUCGCGCGAGACUGGAUCACGUCACGGUAGCAGGCCAUUCGUUCGGCGGUGCCACUGUCGUCGACAUUUUGAGAAGGAGAGACCGCUUCACUUAUGUCUCUCAGGGCAUCAUCUAUGACAUCUGGGGAGCCGGAACUCGUCUCAUUGACGCAGACGGAAGACCUGACGAUCGAGUCAGCGCACCAUUGCUUGCCAUCAAUUCGGAAGCUUUUACAUACUGGCCCCAGAAUUUCGAGCUGGUCGAAUCAAUUGUAAAGGAGGCGGAGAGUGAGCCGUGGUCGUGCCCGGCGUGGCUGAUGACCAUCAGAGGGACCGUACACAUCUCGCAGUCCGACUUCAGCCUCCUAUACCGCAACGUGUGCUCACUGUUCCUGAAGAUGACUGCAGAUCCGCAACGAGCGCUUGAUCUCAACAUCAAUGCCAGUCUAGAGUUCCUCAACCAGGUCCUGCCCAAGGAUAUGGCGAUGGUGAACAGAGCGUUCAACAAUGAGAAGUUACUGGAACAGCCUCUCAACCCAUUGGAGCGUAUCGCUACGAAUUUCCUCCACAAGCCGAAAGAUGAGAAAUGGCUGGCCGCUCGCCUUCGAAUCCCACACGAAUGGCUCUAUCGACUCAGUCCGAAGCUCUUCCGGCAUUUACGGCGUGCCGAGGACAAGCGGCAGGGUAAAGAGCCGGAGCCUGGAGACGAGGUCUGGCUACACCAUAAACCCGCCAAGGAAAGUGUCGAGAAGUAUCUGGAGCGCACUACUGGCAAGUCGAAGGCAGAUGUGAAGGAGCACGAGACUGCCGAGGGUACCGAAGACACAGAGCCUGUGAAGUUGCGAGGGUAGGUGCAUGGCUUAUAUGAGGACAGCAAAAUGGAAACCAGUAAACGCGCUUACUUUGUGAUCUCUCUUGCGAAGUUGAUCACGCAGACGCCGCUCUUGCCGAGACGGAGCGCCUUAGCUGCACAGCACAUGGUGGAGAUGAGAGGAUCGAAAGGGCACUCGAACAGCCUCGUCAGAGGAUUACGGUGUCUCAAUCCUGGUUUCUGUUUUGCUUUCCGGCAGUAGGGCGCCAUUGGAGAAUCCGAGCGAUUGGAGAAAUGCAGCUCUGGGACCUCAACAAUGACUAUGAAGCCUCGAAUGCGGCGUCGGUACUCUCAGUGCCUCGAAAGCAUUCUCAAUUUCCGGCGACACGAUUACAUCGAUUUGAUUCUGGCAAUGAGUGUCUGCGAGCCUCGUCCUAACUUGACGGGUGGUGACGUCUCGGAUAAAACGCCUCGGCCUGUCGCGGUGAUCCUGUUGUCGACGCAGCAUGCCCGC